CUGACUAGGUGGCAGUAGCACAUGCAGUGAGGAUUGGAUCUGCUUGCUACACGCUUCUUUGUCAUCCAGCGCUCGUCUCUUGUUUUGCGCCGCGGCUGCUCCUGCGCAGGACCUCUUGAGAAGCUGCGCGGCUCUGCAGACUUUUAAACCCGUGGAUGCGUGACCUGGAUCUGAAUCUGGACACGUUUUCCGCAGAAUGUGCUCAGACUUGGUACCGGGAAUAGAAAGGGCUGCUGCUGCGUGCAAAGUCUGUGUGUGAUGCAUGUAUUUGAAUGGGAAGGCUACGAUAAAAACACAUAUAUCUUAGUAAAUACAAACCGAAGGCGGUGUUUCUGAAUGCAAAGAGGAUUCCGCUAGAGCAGUCUCAAACUAAACCAGUGAAGAUGGACGUCAGUGUCUCCGUGUCGUUGUUUCAAGACGAGCUCGCCUCCACCGUCGAGCUCGCAGUGAAAGCGGCUGCAGACAGCGUCGUGUGCGCGAUUACUGAAGCUGUGAGCAGCAAAUUCACUGAAUUACAAGAGGACAUGUCUGCAGUGAAGAGAGAGAAUGAAAGUCUGAAGCUGAGAUUGGAAAUAUCAGAGAGCGAGCUGAAAGCCGUGCGAGGGUGUAUAAACGCUGCACAUGCAGACAUUAAACAGCCUUUCAUAUUUCAAGAUCCCAUAGAGAGCCACGCAAUCCCUGAAUCUGAAGCAAAGAAGGGGCCAAAGAUAGAAGCAGUUUACACACAAGAGGAGUCCUUUGAGCAGGAGUGGUGUGCAAGUCUAAUACAGGUUACAGAGCUGCCAUGUGUUAAAGAUGAAGACGUCCCUGAACAGGAAUGUGUUCCUAUUAAAGAGGAGUUCAUAGAACAGGAAUGUGUCUCCAUCGCAGAGGAACUUCCUACUGAAAAUAAUGUCUGUACACUUGAGGAGAACAACAAGAUGGGAUCCAGCCUGUGUGAUGAUUCUCCAACUGAAUGUGAUCUGGGAUUUGGAGCUUCUAAAGUAGAUGAAGGAGAACACGACUCCACUCCAUCACCCCAGUGCAAAAACUCUUCUAGAGGCAAACCACAGUGCAAGAAACACAGAGAAAUGACACCCCAAGAAGAGUAUGUGAAGACAUUGAGAACUCACUCAGUUAAAAUCCCUUCUUUACAAGACAGACACCCACUUACUGUGGAGAGUACAGAGACGCCACAUUCUGCAUGUUUUAACAAUUCAGAAACCCAGGGCAGCUUGAAGACCUUGCCUCAUUCUAUUAAAGGUGUGAAGAGUUCCUGUCAAUUAGAUGCUCCUGAAACUCACAAGGGAAAUCCCACAGGAGGGACUACGUUUUCAUUGGCUGAUUGUGGAAAGAGUUUCAAUCAUAUAUCGCUGCUUAGAAGACACCAGCGCAUUCACACAGGAGAGAAACCUUCCCACAUACAGACCAGUGAUAAGAGUUUCACACAGUUAGGAAAUCUUCAUUCACACCAGCGCAUUCACACAGGAGAGAAACCUCAUCACUGCACUGAGUGUGGGAAGAGAUUCAGCCAGUUAGGAGACCUUAAAAGACACCAUAAAAUUCACACAGGAGAGAAACCUUAUCACUGUGCUGUUUGUGGGAAGAGAUUCAGCCAGUCUGGAGUCCUUAAAAGACACCAUCAAAUUCACACAGGAGAGAAACCUUAUCACUGUGAUGUUUGUGGGAAGAGAUUCAGCCAGUCUGGAGACCUUAAAAGACACCAUCAAAUUCACACGAGAGAAACCUCAAAACUAUGAUGUUUGUGGGAAGAGAUUCAGCCUGUUUGGAAACCUUAAAAGACACCAUAAAAUUCACACAGGUGUGUAAUCCUAUCCCUGUACUUAAUUGCUGGCUCUUACAGGAAUCGAACAUUCUCAGAAUUGCAGAUGCUUGGGGACAUUUAAACAACAGGAGGACAUUUGACUAAAUACAGAAAUAUUUACUGAAAACAAAACAAUAAACUUGCUAGAUAAACAGGGUCCCCCCUAAUCACAAUCUGUUCAGAUCAAAAGCUCACAGACCACAAAUAUGAAUGAGUACGUCUUGUAUUGAUCGUCUUGUUGAGCAUUCGGAUUGUGUUACCUCACAUUAGUAAUAUAUUAAAUAGAUUGUUAUUAUGAAUGCACGUUUCUCUUUCCUUUCUCAUGCGUUGCUCAUCCUCUUGCAGUGGGUUCUAUGGAAGCUUCCUCGAUACCACGGUGAAUCUGCGGUACCUCAAGACACAGCACAGUGUACUGCAGUUAUCAUGCGGGCAGCUUGCAGUGUAAAGCAGUACUGUUUCCAGCAGGGGGCACCAGAGAGCUUUAGGAACGUAAUGGGCUGCAUACCAUUGCUUCUUAACGAGAUGAUUUCUGCUCAGGAUGUGUUUAAUACUGCCCUCUCACUCUCUUUCGGGUACUCUAUUAACAAACACAGGUUCUGUGUUUUUAAUUUCAAUUUCUUGAUUGACAACGAGACUACUAAACAAAAUAAAAUCUAUAUUAAAAAUGUUUUGCUGCCUGUAUUAAAUGCUGUUUUAAAUGUUGUUCAGUGUCUUGUCAAUCAAGGAUUUCAUUUUAAAAGUCCAGUAAUAAAUACCGUAGAUGUCCUUGUUUCUGCAUUUCUUAUAUAUACCAUGACUGGAGCAGCUUUUUAAACUGCUGUCUGCUCAUACAAGCGAUCCAUGUGCAAUCAGGCAUAUAUUUUGUCAUUAAGUAUUCUAUAGCUCUGUGGUUUAUACAAAUAGUUUUUACAUGUUUAACUUGAUGUUGCUUUGAAGCCCGUUUCAGUUCAUCGCUUUCCUGUAAAAUGUUCCCCGCGCUUACAAGUUUGUUAUAACUUUUUAUUUUUUAUGAUUUUGGAAAUGCACUCUUGUUAGAUAUUUUAUGAUCUGUAGUUUCAAGUCGUUAUUAUUUGUAGUGUUUUAGAUUGCAAGGUUGUGAGAUUUUAAACAGCAAUCUCACACGCCUGCAUGGAAGUUAGAAUCAGGGAUGGAGGAUUUAUAAACUGCAGAAUCAGGAAUGGAAGACAGAGCAGGCAUUUUCAAUACUUGGAAAUGGGACUUUUAGCAACAAUGCCUCCAUCUUUUGUUUGAAGUAGAUUAUGAUUAGCUGCUCCACAGCUUAGUAUGCAGCUCUGUGCUGAAUCCACAAGUUCAUCGCAAUUGACCCAGAUGGUUCUCAUUGCUGGCUUCAUUAGGAGCACUAGGCACUGGGAAAUGUAGUUCUGAUGCCAUUUUAAAAUCCCAGAACUACAUUCUCUUUAACAGAUUUGUAUAAGUGCUGUGCGCUACACCACUAUCUGUGGAAGAGGCUGAAAGCAGAGCCACGCAAUGCUGUUACAAAGCAAUGCCAGCAGCAUUCAUCUGGAGAGCCUGCACAACCUCUGCACCAGAUUUACAGCCUAAUAAAGUCAAGGAUACCAA